UGCGCAUGCGUGGAAGGGCGUAGGGCGGGUACGGGUGACCUCCCGGUGCCGAUUCCCCUCGGUUCCGGAUCCCCUCCCCAGCCCCGGGGCUCUCGUCGGGAUGUCGGAACAGGGAUUCGGGCGUGUUAGUGCGGGCAUAUUGGUGCGACCUGGGAGAUCCGGACUGUGCGAGCCGCCUCUCGCUCCCGAAAGGCCCCAGGCCCCGUUGCCCCAUCCUUUGGCCUCGCCGGAGACACGGAGUGGGGUGUUGGGUCUCUCCCUUAGUGCAGAGGCCAUGAAGAUUAACCAGGACGUGGUGCUGCGAGGAAAGAAGGUGACGCUGGUGCCCUACACCCCUGCACACGUGCCCCGGUACCAUGAGUGGAUGCAGUCGGAGGAGCUGCAGCGGCUGACAGCCUCGGAGCCCCUCAGCCUGGAGCAGGAGUACGAAAUGCAGCGCAGCUGGCGGGAUGAUGCUGACAAGUGCACCUUCAUCGUGCUGGACUCGGAGCGCUGGCCUGAGCAGUCAGAGGAGAACUCCAUGGUUGGGGAUGUGAAUCUCUUCCUCACCAACGCCGAGGACCCAACUGUGGGCGAGAUUGAAAUCAUGAUUGCAGAGCCCAACUGCCGUGGCCGAGGGUUUGGCAAGGAGGCAACUCUGCUGAUGAUGGCCUAUGGAGUGAGAAAACUGGGGAUCACCAAGUUUGAGGCUAAGAUUGGUCAGGAAAAUGAAGCCAGUAUCUGCAUGUUCAAAAAGCUUCACUUUAAGGAGGUUGCUGUGAACAGCAUUUUCCAGGAGGUGACGUUGAGGCUGGAUGUCAGUGACCAGGAGAGACAGUGGCUCCUGGAGCAGACAAACCACGUGGAGGAGAAGAGUUAUGCUGAGCUGAAGCAGCCAGCUGGGGUGCUGGACACCUGACAGACACCUCCAGGCACCAGCUGGGUUUCCAGGGAGAAGUUGGACAUUGUUGCAAGGUCUGGGUGUGGAGGACACCAGAGAGCCAACACUGGAACUGUUCUCAUCUGUCUCCUUCAGCUGCUUUGUCAUCUUGUCAAUUUUGCACUUUGCUUUGCCAGCCAGGGUUACUGCCUGAAAUUUGGUCAUGGGGAACAGCCACUAACUCACAGGUUUGGCUAGGAAUUACUCUGAUUUGCUGUUCCAACAGAGCCUAAAAUCACCAGCAGUUGAUUCCUGGACAAGCAGAAACUUCUCCCGGUGCUCUUAAAUCAGGAUUCAUCAGCAAGGUUUCAUGUACUGGCAACUCAUUCUUUUUUACUCUUGAAUAAAAAAAAAAAUCACAAAUAUCUGAGGUGCCUGAGCACUACAUGGGGUAAGCUGCUUUCUUUGGCAGCUCAAAAAGUGGUUUAUAAGUUGCAAAGGACAGCAGAGACUCUUUAAACCCAGUUUCCUGGGGUCUGGUAAGUUGCAGGGGGAGCACUGCUGGGUUCUGGCAGGGAGAAGCCCAGAUGUGGCUGAGCACAAACAAAGGGCAAGUUAAUAUGAUGGAAAUUGUUGAUAUUGGCUGAUCAAGGCUGGAGCUGAGCCCCACCACUAGGAGGGGGCUGAGAGCUGCAGGAGGCUUCUGAGACAAAUCCCCUUCAGCUUCAGGACUGUGCUCCAUAUUCUUGCACUACAUUUUCUUGGCUGCUUUGAUGAAAGUAAGGAGGAGAACACACUGAAAGGAGACAGCUCCCUUCUUCCACCAGCUCAGGACUUGCUCUGUUGAGCCUGGAGGGUCCAUUUGCUGCUCUCCACUAAGAUAAAGAUGAAUGUGGGGGAAAUACCUCUUAUUGGAAGACAGAUCUAUUUAGGGCAGGAGUUAUGCAGCCUCUGCUGCAGUAGAUCUGAGAUCCAUGGAUGAAAGAGGCACUUGCCUAACUCCCACUGGACAAACUUCCCUGUGCAGUUACUCAGCCUGACCUGUCCUGCCCUAUGCACACUGUCCACAGCAGGGAAGCUGCUAAGAGGAGAGGACAGAAGGUAAGAAGGAUAACUGAUGCUCCUGUGCGUUUUCAUACUGUAACAGCAACUGUAAUGACUAAUCCUAGACCACAAAUUACCUGUUUCAGUGAUGGAAAAUUUCAGAUUUGCCGAGGGAUGUUUUGGAGAUUGGCAGUCUGUGGAAUUUUUAGUGUUGCUGUGCCUGUAUUUUUAGGUCCUGGGGGGCUUUAGUUUUCCAAUUUUAACUAAUUUAAAUACAUGAUUCCUGUGACUAAUAUUAAAGCCAAGUGUGGGAACAGUGUAUCAUGGCAUUUUAAAUGAGUAUUUAGUUUGUAGUGAAAGCUUUGUGUGGUAAUAAAGUGAA